UACGUGUAAUAGUGUCAGUUUUUGUUGGAUUUUGUGAGUCUAAAUUCAUGUAUGUCUGAGUUUCGAAAAUGUCUUUCAUUAUAAUUUGUUUAACAUGUUUGCAUGUAAUAUAGAUUAGUAAAAAGUAAAUAUUAUUAAUUUAACCAUCCACAUCAAAAGCACUCGCACAACAUUCAACUUCAAAGAAAAUUGAUGAACAGUUAACUGUAUUUUUUUGUGUUAAAAUAUUGAAACUUAAGAAAAAUGUCUGAACAAAAGAAAUCAAUUAAAAACGCAGUGGGGCAAGAAAGUACGAGAUCGCCUAAUAUUAAAGCGGCAUCGGAAACAAAAGAUGUUGCAACGAAUCAUAGGAGUGCUACUGAUGUCGAAGGCUCCAAGGUGGAAAGUAAUAAGAAGAAUACACCAAAAGGCAAAAAUUCAAGGAAAAAAGAGAAAAUGAAAAAUAUGCAUUUAGAAAUGCCAUCAACAACUGGUACUCAACCGCAAGGGCAAGCAAUCCCAGGAGUCAGUACUGCACCACAGUAUCAUGCCUUUUCUACAUUAUUUCGUCAAGAUGUAAUUUUAAACCCAGGUAGUCCUUUAAAUGCAAAUAACUCAAAAUAUUUGGAAAAUCUUGCACAUUUGCAACUUUACCAACACAGCAUGCAAAAUAAUUGUGUUAAUUUACUGAGGAUGAAUAGCCAAAUUGGCAGUUUACCAAAUUCUCCUUUAACCCACCCAAGCUCUACAUCACAUGCAUGGAGCAACCCAGGCACACCUUUGGGCAAUGAUCAAAUCUCCCCACGUUUUUUGCAAAAUGUGAUGCAACAUCCUCUUCUUAACCAGACAUAUGGGAGGCAAGGUAACCUACAAUUUAGACAAGUUGUCUCUGGUAAAAAUGGUUUUAUUAAAGAAAGUCCCACAAAGAAUAAAAAUGGUAAGAAGAAAGAUCAAGAGGAUAAAAGCUUUGAACCUUAUUUAAGUGCAGAAGAGGUUGAUGCAGGUUUAAAGGAAAAUAGUUUGGUAGAAGGUGUUUUAAGAAUAAAUCCCAAACAGUUUCAACAUGCAUAUGUUUCUAGCAGUGAUAGAAGCCUUCAAGAUAUACUUAUUGACGGAGUUAAAAAUAGAAAUAGAUCUCUUGAAGGAGAUGUCGUAAUUGUGCAAAUAAUAAAUCAGGCUGAUGACAGCAAUGAUGAAUCAAAGCAAAAAAAAGGAAAAGUUGUUUAUAUCAAAGAAAAAUUACAUACCAGAACAUGCAUUGGCCAUUUAAAACUGAUGCCAGAUAAGAAUAGACAGAAAGCAUUGUUUGUGCCAAGAGACCACAGAGUCCCUAGACUAAAUAUUCCGUUCACAUGUUGGCCAGACAAUUUUUAUGCAGAGGCAAAAAGUUACGAAAAUACACUAUUUUUGGCCAAAAUAGAAAAUUGGUUUGAUACAAGGUUUGCUUUAGGAAAAAUAAUAUGUAACAUUGGUCAAUCUGGGGAUAUGCUUUCAGAAGCAAAAGCAAUUUUAGCACAGACAGAUUUAGAUGUAACCCCAUUUGGACCGGAAGUAAGAGAUCUCUAUCCACGUUUAGAUUAUGUUAUACCGGUGGAAGAAAUAGAAAUACGAGAGGACUGUCGGAAACUAUGCAUCUUUAGUAUUGAUCCAGCAAAUUGUCGAGAUAUCGAUGAUGCUAUGUCAUGCAGAAAACUUGAAAAUGGAAAUUACGAGAUUGGAGUACAUAUUUCAGAUGUAUCGCAUUUUUUGACAGAGAAUACUAUAUUAGAUGAGAAAGUAGCAGACAAAGCAACAACAAUUUAUUUAGUUGAAAAGGCUUACCACAUGCUACCCGAUGACUUAUGCAUGCUAUGUUCUUUAUUUCCAGGUGUUGAUAAACUUGCUUUUUCUGUAUUUUGGGAAAUAACUGAUAAUGCAGAAGUCUUAAAUCAUAGAUUCUCUAAAACAAUAAUUCAUUCAUGUUGUCAAUUAAGCUAUGAACAUGCUCAGGCUGUUUUGGAUAGUAAAGAAGAUGCAGAGAUGUCCUUUCCUGAGUUUUAUAAUGGUUUCAAUUAUAAAGAUGUACAUGAUACAAUUAAAACACUUGGCAAAAUUUCAUCACUAUUUAGAAAAUCUAGAUUUGACAAUGGUGCAUUACGUAUUGACCAGCCAAAGGUGUCAUUUCAUCUGAACCCGUCAACGGGACUGCCAGACUCUCUUUGGGUAUAUGAAAACAAACAAAGCCAUCAGCUUAUUGAAGAGUUUAUGUUACUAGCAAAUAUGACCGUAGCAAAGAGGAUUUAUGAUGACUAUCCUAGUUUAGCAUUCUUGAGAUGUCAUCCUCCCCCUAGUGGUUAUAUGUUGCAACAGCUGGCUAAGUCAUUAAAACCAAUGGGUAUUGACUUGGACGUUACCUCCGCUGGUAGCUUGCACAAAUCAUUAUUACAAUAUGUUGAUCCAAGUGUGGCUGAUAGAGGCAAGGCUAUGGUUCUCAAUAUGUUGUGUGCUAAACCAAUGACAAGAGCUAAAUAUUUCUGUGCCGGUGGCUGCACAAGUGAUGAUGACUUCCAGCAUUAUGCUCUUAAUGUUCCACUUUAUACUCACUUUACUAGCCCAAUUCGACGAUAUGCUGACAUUAUGGUCCAUAGGCUAUUAUCAGCAAGUUUAAAUUAUAGAGAAACACCAAAGUGGGAAAUUGACAAAGUAAAAACAGUUGCGGCCCAAUGUAACAAACAAAAGUACAAUGCUAAAAGAGCCAGUGAACUUUCAACAGAAUUAUAUACUUUGAAGUAUAUAGAAAUGAAUUCACCUUAUGUAACUGAUGCAGUAGUUGUUGAUGUUCGGGAAAAAUAUAUUGAUGUCAUCAUAGUUGCUAUGGGUUUGAACAGAAGAAUUUUCUUCAACAAUGAUUUCCCUGGAGAACAUAAAUGUAUCAAGAAUGAUGCAGGUAUCAAACUAUCGAAAAUGGAACUGCUAUGGAAAGCAACAGAUACUUUGCCCGACAUUAAACAAGUGAUUGAAGUCUUCUCUAUUGUAGAGGUAGAAUUGAAUAGAGACGAAGAUAUGGUUAAAGUUGAUACAAAACUUGUAAGACCAGUUUGAAUUGUUUAGGACGAAAUUAUUGAAUGAAUUUUCCAUAUCCAUUUCAAUAAUAGACGUAUAUGACGACCUUUAAAUUUUAAAUUGUAGCUGAAUAUUAAAUGAGCUAUUUAGAUAUUAGUUAUAUUUUCUUACUUAAAUUGACUUGUAGAUUUGUCCGUUUAGGACUAUAUUUUACAUCUAUAACUUAUUUCAUUGUGAGAUUUUUUUUUUAUAUUGUGGUAGUGGUGUACCACCUGUAGCAAUAAUUAGGCUGUCACACAAUGAAAGACCAUUCUCAUUCUCAAAAUAAAAUUUACGUGUUACAUUUUGAAUGGUCCAUUAAAUGUACUUAAGGCACUUGGGCAUUUUUUUUCUCAGGAAUAAUAAUGCGCUGGAUAAUUAUAUCCAUAUCAAAUAUGGUCAGAACCUUUGUAUCUGUAAUGUGUGGUCGCCUUGUUUGUGAAUCAAAUUUUAAGACUAUUUUAAAAAUUACUCAUAUGUUUUUGAAUCAAUUUUUAGUGUAAUUAUGAC